UAUUUGUCAAAAAGAUAACCUAAGUUUUAACAAGUCAAAAUCGAAAUUUUAACUAUCUGAUAUCUGAUAAUUCAAGACCAUAAUGAUCACAUAAUUAAAGAAUGUUGAUAAUUCUUCGAUUUUGAGUUGCAUUUCUGAACGAUUCCAGCUAUAUACAGGUCAUGCCAUGUUUUAAUUCGAACUUUGUUAGGAUAAGGUGGUAGGUAGUCGAAUCGGUGAAAAGGAAAAAAAGUAUAAAUAAUGGAAGUAAAUAGUAUAGGACAAACAAAGGCCCAUCGUUUUAUUUUGGGGUCUAUUUUAUUGAUAUUAGUCGAUUUAUUUUGGGUUUCUUCAUCAGAAUUAACAAAGUUCAUAGAUAUGAAAGAAACAUUCCAGAAACCUUUCUUUUGUACUUAUGUGAAGAAUUCAAUGUUCACUUUAUAUCUAUUGGGAUUUUUGUUCUGGCCUCCUUGGAGAGAAACAUAUUCAAGACCACCAGUUACCUACACUUAUUUAGAAGAAGAAACCGAUGAAGAAAUUUAUAGUCCUGAAUUGAAUAGAAGUUUAAGUAACCCUGUUUUUGUUCCUAUCAAAACAUCUGAUCGAGAUGUGAGAGAUUACAAUUCUGGAACAGAAAGUGAUGACUCUUCUGUGAAAUCUGUUAGAUUCAGCAAGUUAGCGGAAGUUAGGCAAAUGUCUGAAAGUGAAGCUGCUGAAGCUCUUCUUGCCAGAUUAUCUUAUCAAGCUAGUUUGAGGGCAGGAGAAUUAGCUCAAAGGGCUGCAGCAAAGUUCACCAUAUUGAAAGUUGCAAGCAUUGCAUUUUUAUUUUGUUUACUGUGGUUUAUGGGCCACUAUUUUUUCCAAUUGGCAUUAACAAAAACAGAGAUAGGAAUGGUCAAUGUGCUAUCCUCCACCUCCAGUUUGUUUACACUUUUCUUAGCGUCCAUCUUUCCAUCUGGAGCAGUAGAUAGAAUGUCUCUGUCUAAAUUAUUCGCAGUUGUCCUGAAUAUUGUUGGUAUAGCCAUAAUAAGUUACACCAACAUGACAUUGAGAAGUGAGAUUACUCUAGGGUCAAUUUUAGCGCUAUUCAGUGCAUUACUGCAUGCUUCCUGUUUAGUUUAUCUAAGGAAAAAGGUUAAUAAUGAAGAAAAAAUGGAUAUUCCAUUAUUUUUUGGAUUCAUCGGAUUCUUUAGCCUAAUUCUCUUGUGGCCUCUCUUCUUUUUCUUACACUUUAGUGGUUUAGAAAAAUUUGAACUGCCUUCCAAGGAACAAACUCUAUUUUUGCUAUUGAACGGUCUGAUGGGAACUGUGAUCUCAGAAGUUGUAUGGUUGUGGGGUUGCUUCUAUACCUCCUCCCUUAUAGCUAUAAUGUCCAUCAGUUUAACUAUUCCAAUGACCACUGUGGCAGAUAUACUUCUUAAAAAAACACAAUAUUCGAACUUGUUUAUGACUGGAACAAUACCAGCCGUGUCAUCAUUUUUCAUCAUAAUAUUUUUCUCACAUUACGAGAAUUGGGAUCCAGUUCUCAACGUUUUACGUUGUGUCUACAUCAGUGUCUGUAGAAGGACCAGAUUUAUACGUUUCAGAUUCUCAGAAAUGCCUUCAGAACAAACAGAAUCUUUGAUAGGCAUCAACAGUAAUGAGCAUGAAGCCUAGCAUCAAGAUGCCUUUGGUUCCUGUUUACAGUGGUGCUUUAUCUUGUGAUGGCUUUAACUAUUUAGUCUAUUCCUAUUUUUCAUUGUGUGAUAUGUAUUGUUUUGUGAUUUUUAAAUCUACAUUGAAUUCAGAUUAAGAAAAAAUGCUGAAAUGGUGAGAGAAAAGCACUGUAAAAAAUCAGCAUAUCAGCAUUUUGUUGAAAUGCAUCAUUCAUGUACCUACGUAAGUUGUUGAUCAAGUACUGACUAGUUUGAUUUGAAAUUUAGAUGGUGAAAAAUCAAAACUCCAAAUCAUGUUUAGCAUAGGUUAUAAUCAGAGUUUAUAUUCCAAAUAAUUCAAAGUUUUCACUACAUUCCGAAAAGGCGCAUAGUAAUGGACAAUAAAAUCUGUUCAAUUUUUUCUAAUUACUCAAAGGAAAAACGUGUUCAAAUAAUUUAAGACUGAAGUUCAUGCAAUCAAGAAAAUGAAAACAUUUUUGUGUGGCUCACAAAAGCCUUCUUUGGGUGAAUUAAUUUGAAUAGUAAAUAUUAGUUAUUGUAGAUGUCAGAAAUUGCUUGUCCUCUUAUAUUUGGGAAUAAUCUUGAUUUUAUCAUUUUAGUACAAGUAAAAAGAAAAUUGCUGAUCCUAGUUAUAAAGGAUGAUUGAAGAUACAUAUAUUGGGAUAAAAACCAUGACGUUUUUAGCUCUUUUUAUUCAAUAUGCUGAAUGAAUUCAAGUGGUUCAAUUUGUGGUAAAUCAGUUUCAUAUUAUCAUUUAUUCAUAUCAAUUACAGAAUUGAUUCAAGAUUAUAAAUCAUAUUAUACGAUAUUGUGUAUGGACACAAUUAAAUUAUUCUGUCAAGAAGGUAGCAAUGUAAGUAAGAAUGUAAAUACUUCACUGCUUCAGCAGAACAUAAUAACAGAAAGCUUAUUAUUAUUAUUUGCAAAAUAAUGAAUGAUACAGAUCACAGCUCAAGAUUUUAAAAUUACUCAUUCAUAGUUUGCAUUUUUAUUUGUGCUUAUUGAAAUUCAGCUCUAGAAUAAUUGCCAGUAAAUAUGGCACAUAGCUGAGAUGGCCUUUUCUAUCCAAAUCGAAUCAUGGUAAAAUUAUUUUGAAAAGAAAAUGUACAUUUUUCAAUGGACUACAUGAAAAGUUUAAGAUUUCUCAGGCUGUUAAUAGCAUCACUAAAACAGUGAUUUAAUAACUGAUUGAAUAUGAACUAUACUUGUUUGUGUAAUAAGUUCAAUUCUGUAGUGAAUCUUUGUUUGUAUUAUGAAUGAACUUUCAGCCGACUUUUAUUGUAAUAAUCUUUAUUACAUUUUUUUCAACUUAAAAAUUUGAGAUAUGGCUCGGAAAAGUUUUCUUUUUUUCUGAUUGGAAGAUGGUUAUUAUCAUGAAAUUGCUUGUUAAUACUAAAGAGUACCAGAGGGCAUUAUCGGUAUUGCUUUGAUGAUUUAUUUCAAGCAGAAUUUGUUGUUUUGAGACAACUUAUGAAAUAUGUAAUUAAUCUGAUUUUAGAUUUAGUAGAUAACCAUAGGAAAAUUAUAUUUUUUUAUUAGAAUAUCCAGAAGUCUUCUUAUAAGUAUGGAAAAACUGAUCCUACAUAGUUAUAGACUCAAUUCAUGUGAACCUUUUUGUUUUAUAUCUGUGAUUUUUGUGUUUAUGCGGAUUUUAUUUUGAGCAUAAGAUGCAUUCCUUUGCAUUGUAAAUGAUUUUAUUUUUAUAGCUCCACAUCGCCAUUCCAUUAUUAAGAUUUCACUCGAUAUUUAGAAAGUUUUUACAUAUAAAUGUGAACAUGUAAAUAAAUAAUAAUUAUUUUUUUGUAUCACAGCAGAGUUCUCCUGGUAAUUAUAUUUAGAAUUCAGUAUCUGGAGAGAAAUAAAGAAUCAAACUCAA